GCGGGCGGGCCACGGGCGGCGGGCGCCGCGGUCGGGCGGGCGGGCGCGCGGCAGCAUGGAGGAGCUGAGCAGCGUGGGCGAGCAGGUCUUCGCCGCCGAGUGCAUCCUGAGCAAGCGGCUCCGCAAGGGCAAGCUGGAGUACCUGGUCAAGUGGCGCGGCUGGUCCUCCAAACAUAACAGCUGGGAGCCAGAGGAGAACAUCCUGGACCCGAGGCUGCUCCUGGCCUUCCAGAAGAAGGAACACGAGAAGGAGGUGCAGAACCGGAAGAGAGGCAAGAGGCCGAGGGGCCGGCCGAGGAAGCUCACUGCCAUGUCCUCCUGCAGCCGGCGCGCCAAGCUCAAGGAACCCGAUGCUCCCUCCAAAUCCAAGUCUAGCAGUUCCUCCUCUUCCUCCACGUCAUCGUCGUCUUCCUCAGACGAAGAGGAUGACAGUGACUUAGAUGCCAAGAGGGGUCCCCGGGGCCGGGAGACCCACCCAGUGCCUCAGAAGAAGGCCCAGAUCCUGGUGGCCAAACCCGAGCUGAAGGACCCCAUCCGGAAGAAACGGGGCCGCAAGCCCCUGCCUCCGGAGCAGAAGGCACCCCGGAGACCCGUGAGCCUGGCCAAGGUGCUGAAGACGGCCCGGAAGGACUUGGGGGCCCCGGCCAGCAAGCUGCCCCCUCCACUCAGCGCCCCCGUGGCAGGCCUGGCAGCUCUGAAGGCCCAUGCCAAGGAGGCCUGCAGCAGCCCCAGCACCAUGGCCACCCCAGAGAACCUGGCCAGCUUGAUGAAGGGCAUGGCCAGCAGCCCCGGCCGUGGUGGCAUCAGCUGGCAGAGCUCCAUCGUGCACUACAUGAACCGAAUGACCCAGAGCCAGGCUCAGGCUGCCAGCAGGUUGGCACUCAAGGCCCAGGCCACCAACAAGUGUGGCCUCGGGCUGGACCUGAAGGUGAGGACGCAGAAAGGGGAGCUGGGAAUGAGCCCUCCAGGAAGCAAAAUCCCAAAGGCCCCCAGCAGCGGGGCUGUCGAGCAGAAAGCCGGGAGCACUGGGGGGCCCCCACACACCCAUGGCGCCAGCAGGAUCCCUGCCGGGUGCCCAGGCCCCCAGCCAGCCCCCACCCAGGAGCUGAGCUUCCAGAUCUUAGACUUACAGAGUGUCAAGAAUGGCAUGCCUGGGGCGGGUCUGCUCGCCCGCCACGCCACCACCACCAAGGGUGUCCCGGCCACCAACCCAGCCCCUGGGAAGGGCACUGGGGGUGGCUCCAUCGGGGGCAGCGGGGCCACCAUGCCCACCGACACCAGCAAAAGUGAGAAGCUGGCCUCCAGAGCAGCGACGCUGCCCACCCCUGCCGGCAAGAGGGACUGUGUCAAGGGCAGUGCCACCCCCAGUGGGCAGGAGAGCCGCUCGGCCCCCGGAGAAGCCCGCAAGGCGGCCGCGCUGCCCGAGAUGAGUGCAGGCGAGGAGAGCAGCAGCUCUGACUCCGACCCUGACUCCACCUCACCGCCCAGCGCCGGGCAGAACCCGUCAGUGUCGGUUCAGACCAGCCAGGACUGGAAGCCCCCCCGCAGCCUCAUCGAGCACGUCUUUGUCACCGACGUCACCGCCAACCUCAUCACCGUCACAGUGAAGGAGUCUCCCACCAGCGUGGGCUUCUUCAACCUGAGGCAUUACUGAAGGCCCCACGCCACCAGCUGCCCGGUCUUACCUCCCCUUCUCUGUCUCGGGUUUUGCUGACUUAAGUGACUCCCAGCCCAAGCCCCGUCAAGGGUCUGGGUCGGGAGGAGGAGUAGGUGGUCUUGAAGAGCAGGCUUGGAAGGGGCUUCUCCCCGCCCCCACCCUGCCUUGCUGGCCUGUUCUCCACCAUGUUCCUACCUCUGUAGGCCUCUCCUCUCUCCUCCUGCCAGGAAACGUGGAGGCACCCGUGGCUCAGGGUGACCGUCUUGAACAGAGCGGGCUGCUUCGUGGCUGCGUUGGUGCUGGGUUUGAACUGCCCCUCCUUGGCCUGCAAGACUGAAUCACAGCUUUGCUCCCAUCUCCCAGGGUCUGAGGUAUCAGGAGGGGGCUUCUGGCCCACCUCACGUUCAGCCUUGGGUGGCAAGAGAGUGUCGUGGGGAGGCAAGGCCAGUGGGACUCGUGUUCCCUCCACCUGGUGACAGCUUUUGGGAGAUGGGAUGGGUGGGGGCGGGCCUGGUUAGCAUGGCCUGAGCCAGCAGUGGUGGGGUGGGGAGCCAUCCCCUGACAGCUGGGGGCUGGCUAGAGCCUUGUGAAGGACAGUGGCUGGCGGCUGGUAUAGAGUGAGCACAGGAACCCAAACAGGCUUUGCGGCCAUCUAGCCCCACUUCAGGGCAGCAUCGACGGCCCCCACACAACCCACAGGCCAGGAUGGGUGGGGUGGGGGGUUGUUCCACCUGAAGAGCCUCCACACUUUGGAGCAGGAGGCAAGCUGUGGCCACUGCCCACCCUUUUGCUGUCCCAGUGAGAAGUGACCCGAGCCCCCUUCCAGACCCACCCCCUGCCUGGGGUCCACUGAAGCAUCUUCCAUUUCCAAAAAGCCUGGAGUUCAGUGUCCGAAGGAAAACCCGACAUGGAGGUGCUCAGGCCCAGAGGAGUCCCGUGGGCAGGACCCUUGGCAGGCAAGCCCGUCCCUCCACACCCAGGACUGACUGCUGCUGAUCAAGGACUGGCUUGGUCCUAACUGUGGUCCAGAGACUUCCCCGAGACGAGGAUGGGAGUGCCAGCACUUGGGAGGCCAUCCGCCCAGCCGCCAGCUCUGCCUGUGCCACAGGUGUUCGCUGUGGGUCCUGCCCACAUGGACGAGCCAUUCCUUGAGGAAUGCCACUUUCCCUGACAAUCCCCCUUCCCGUUAGGGGUUCCCUGUUUGGCUCCUUUCCAGCUGAAAAUACCUGUACCAUGUGGGAAGCUGGGUGAAGUCUGGGCGGCCCCCCGGUAUAGGGCCCUCGAACGCUGUCAGCUUCGGCCUUGAGGCCAUGUUAACUCAAGAGUCUGAGCCUCUUCCAGGUGGUGACAUGGGAGCUGCCUUGUAUAGCUUCUGACCAAUAUCAGGAUUUCUGUUCUGAGAGCAGCUUGGGCAGAGACAGGGAAACCCAGAGGUGGCAGCAGCAGGCAGUCUGGCCACCGGAUCUUUGUGAUGCCAAAAAGAGAAGUUCGAGGGAGUGAGUGGUCACUUUCUGUUCUUAUGAUUGGAUCAAGUCAGCCUGCAGGCAUGGGGCUAUACCAGUGCCUGGCCACAGGGGCGGCUGCCCUUCCACAGAGCAGCCCGGACUUGGAGAAUGGGCUCUGGUUUCCGGGGGGCAAGACCCCCCCCCCCGCCAGUACUUCACUGUGCCAAAUAGGAAGAGGUGGCCUUGGUAUAGCCAAAUUGAUCUCAACAGUGUGCCUUUGGGGAGGGACCCAUUUCCUUGGCUUCAUUGAGGGCCAUCCAUAUGCCACCUGGGGCCAGCCCACAGUGGCUGUGUUGGCUGCCACAGGAAUGGUGCCCACCUCAGCCAAUUGAAAGGCUGAGAGUCCCAGACAUCUAGGCUGGAGCUGGAGGCAGUAAGGGGAGGAGCUGCUCCCACAGGAGAGGGAGAGAUUCCAGCUCCCUGCUCGACCUAGGAGAAAUGGUUCCUGGCGUACUAUGCCUCGGGCACCAGCCUCCCAGUCCCCAGACAGGCAAGGUCGUGGCUCCUUCCUGCGGAGCACGGUGCUGCCUUGGAGUCUCCAAAGCCAGGCUGACAGCUCUCCAGUCCUUCAGGGGUGACUGGGCUUCCAGGAGUUGGAGAAAUGAGAGUGUCUCACUGGGUGCCUGGGCUGACCAGACUCCUCCCCAGCAGCCAGGUCUCCAGAGCCCGAAUUGGUGCCUUUCUGUUUACCAGCUACUUCAGUCCCAAAGUUUGAAUCUGCAGAUACCUUACUCCCAGCCACUUUGCCUUCUUACUGUGUUGCGUGUUUUUCCUGGUGCUUAAAGAGUGUGUGUACGUGUGCAGGGCAGGUGCCGCCACCGGGGAGCUGCCCCAAAUGCUCAGACUUGGUUGUCUUAUGUUUACCAAUAAAUAAAAGUAGACUUUUUCUAUUUUUAUUUGCUGCUA